AUGGGGAAAUAUUUUCCUUCCUUACUUCAGCCUUUAGGCUGUUGUUUAUUGCUCCUAAUCUUAACCUCCUUAUUUUCUUCUCCUGCAUUAUCAUUAACACAUGAGGAGGCUGCAUUCCUUACAGUUCGUCAGCAGACCAUUCUUGACGAAAAUGGUCAUGAUCUUCCUGACGAUUUCGACCAAAAAUUGAAGGUACCAUUCUUCUUCCAAAACUCGAGGCUUAGAAGAGCUUAUAUAGCACUCCAAGCAUGGAAAUUGGCCAUAUAUUCGGACCCGAACGACGCCACGAAAAACUGGGUUGGUCCUAAUGUUUGUGACUACAAAGGAAUUUUUUGUUCACCAGCUCUUGAUGAUGAAAAGGUGACAGUAGUUUCUGGUGUAGACUUAAAUCAUGAGGAUAUUGCAGGGUACCUUCCUGUAGAGUUAGGCCUUCUUACAGACUUAGCUCUGUUUCACAUUAACUCUAACAGGUUUUGUGGGAUUAUUCCUAGAAGUUUCUCUAAACUUAAAGUUUUGUAUGAACUUGAUGUAAGUAAUAAUCGUUUUGUAGGAGUUUUUCCUGAGGUUGUUCUUAAGUUAAAAGAGCUUAAGUAUCUUGAUCUUAGGUUCAAUAACUUUGAGGGUUGUUUGCCACCAGAGGUUUUCAAUAGGCCUUUUGAUGCACUUUUACUUAAUGAUAAUAGGUUUAAGUGUGGUAUACCCGAGACUAUUGGUAACUCGACGGUUUCUCUUAUGGUAUUGGCAAAUAAUAAGUUUACUGGGUGCAUUCCUAAGAGUAUUGGUAAUAUGGCAGGUAAAGUUGAACAAAUUGUAUUUCAGGGGAAUAAAUUAACGGGUUGUAUGCCAACUGAAAUUGGGUUGCUUCAUAAUGUGACUGUUCUUGAUUUAUCGAAGAACGAUUUUGUGGGUUCUAUUCCUUCGUGUUUCUCUAGUCUUGGAAAGAUGGAAUCUUUGGAUUUGUCGGGAAACAAAUUCACUGGAUUUGUUUCUGAUGAUCUUUGCAAGUUGCCAUCGUUAAAUCAAUUUUUAUUCUCCAGCAACUAUUUUAAAGGCGAGGGGAAAAGUUGUGAUCCGGAAGUAAGAAAGAAUGUUGAAUUUGAAGAUAAGAAGAAUUGUUUACCUAGUAGGCCAAAUCAAAGAUCACCUAAAGAAUGUUUUCAAAUGGUUUCAAGUACAAUUGAUUGUGAUAAGUUUAAUUGUGGACAACCUUCUAAGUCUACACCAAGUCACGGUGGCGGCGGCGGCGGCGAUAAUGAUCAUAACAAGGAUGAUCAUGAAGAGGAACCUAAAGCACCUACACCUAAUCAUGAAGAUCAACCUAAAACCUUUGCACCAACACCAGAAGAGGAUGAUCAUAAAAGAUCACCAGUAAGACCAUCUGCACCACCACCAUCUAACCAAACACCAAUAGUAAUACCUCCUUCACCAGAAGAUGAUCGUAAAAGAUCACCAGUCAAGCCUACAACACCUUCACCUGAAAUCACUCCACCCCCAACACCAGUGUACUCACCUCCACCACCAGUACAUGCACCCCCACCACCAGUCUAUUCUCCUCCACCACCACCUACACCAUCGCCGCCACCACCAGCACCUGUCUAUUCUCCUCCUCCACCACCUCCAUCGCCUUCACCGCCACCUCCUGUCCACUCACCACCACCACCAAUUUAUUCUCCACCACCACCUCCGGUGCAAUCACCACCUCCACCACCAGCUCCAAAACCAUCACCUCCACCACCUGUUUUCUCUCCUCCACCGCCUGUACGUUCGCCGCCACCUCCAACUCCUUCUCCACCGCCUCCAACUCCUUCUCCACCACCCAUGCCAAGUUAUCCUGAUGUUAAUCUUCCACCAAACUUGGGUUUCCAGUACAUGUCACCGCCACCACCUAUGUUCCCUGGGUAUUAAGUAGUAUUCAAUUCAUCCUCACAUUAUUGUACUGCUCAAAUUCUUCAUUUUCAUUACAGUUACUACAAGGAAAAAUAUUG